GCUCAUGUGUGUGUGUAGAGAGAGAGACAUCUGAGAGACGAAAUGGGUUCGAAUUCGCCGGAACUGAACUUAGAUUUCAAUCUGGCGUACAUCCCAGAGACUAUCAGCAGUUUUCUUCUAGAGCUGUCGACGAUCGGAGACGUUUCUGAGAGGCUAUCGAAACUCAACGAGUAUGUGAAGAGGUUAGAAGAAGAAAUGAGGAAGAUCGAUGCCUUUAAAAGGGAGCUUCCUCUCUGCAUGCUUCUGGUAAACGAUGCCAUUAAAGCAUUGAAGGGGCAAACAAUGCAGUGUACGGCAUCAGAUGUUCGACCUGUAAUGGAAGAAUUCAUUCCAUUAAAGAAAAUUUCUAAGGAAGAUGGAGAGGUGAAGAAGGAAAUGGAUUGCAGAGAUAAGAAAAACUGGAUGAGCUCUGUUCAGCUCUGGAAUACUAAUGGUUGUUCAAAUGAUGAUCUCAACUGCGACCAGAAACAAAAAUCUGUUGCAGAUGUAAAAGAUGGACCCGAAGAAGACGAUAAGUGUGCCAGUGCCACUGAGAACCCAUUUCAGUUAUGCAAAUACAACAAUGGAGGAGGAGGAGGAGGGGCGUUCAUGCCUUUUAAGGGCUAUUCUGGUUUUCCGGCACAGCCCCCAAAUGAAGAGAAAGAGGAGGCUUUAGCUAUCGCUGGGCUUUCUCUUUUGUCUCCUGUACUUAAGACUCCCUCUACUGAAGCAAGCUCCGGUCUGAAUUCGAAGAGAGCUGUUGCUUCAUCUUCUAUUAAUGGUCAAUCAAAUUUACAGAAGACGAUGACGAUUACUUCGCAACAGCAGCAAGAGCAGGCUUCGAGAAAGCAAAGGAGAUGCUGGUCCCCGGAGUUACACAGGCGUUUCGUUAAUGCCCUGCAACAGCUUGGGGGCUCACAAGCUGCCACACCCAAGCAAAUAAGAGAGCUGAUGAAGGUAGAUGGUCUCACCAAUGACGAAGUGAAGAGUCAUUUGCAGAAAUACAGACUUCACACCCGUAGAGCUCCAGCCACUACAUCCCAAGGGAAUCAAACAGUGGUUGUAUUAGGUGAACUAUGGAUGCCCCAAGAUCAGUAUGGGGUCACCUCAAAGCCCAGUACAUCUCAGUCUGGGUCUCCACAGGGUCCCCUUCAGUUGUCUGGUACUGCUGGAGGUAUCUCCACCACAGGUGGUGAAAGCAUGGAAGAUGAUGAAGAUGGCAAAUCAGAAAGUUAUAGUUGGAAAGGUCAUCUUCAGAAAUCCGGUGAAGACGAUGUAUAGACAAAUCCACCAUGAAUUUUGCAGAUAAAUACUGUUCAUAGGGAGUUUAGACUCAAAAUGAAGAAAACAAGUGUAUUAAACCAUACAGACUGAACUACCCUUUCUGUGAUAAAAAACAGAUAGAGAUAUGCUGUGAAAAUUUUGCAGGUUUUACAAACAGAAGUUUUAGGUUUUGGUGUAAUGAGUUUCUUGUAAGAUCCAUAUGUGCAUGAGGAAACAGGAUAAAACUUUCACCCCUUGUUAACGAUC